AUGAAUUGCAUUUAUCACCAUCUAAAUCCAAUAUAAUUUAUCUGUAUAGCACCUCAUGCCUGUUAAUACCAAAGAAAAUUGUGUGCUGAAUGUCAAUAUGAACAUGGCGAGAAUGUCAAACAUGCGGUUCCUAUUAAUAUAUUUCAAUAAAUUGUUAUUAUGAAAAUGAAAUAAUACAAGCUUGAUGAGAUUUCUGAAAUAUCAUAAUAGAGAAAUAAUUUUAAAUUGAUGCUCUCUCAAACCGAAAGCAUGAUAAAGAAAAUUUGGGAAGAAUUAUCAGACUCAAUCAAAUACAUAUAUGAUUUGAUUGAAAAAAAAUAUAGAUCUUAUUCUAAUCUUUUCAACUAAUAUACCAAUAUAGCUGAAUCCUCCUAUUCUGAUUUAGAACAAAUAGUCUAUCUUUUACAGGUGGGCAAAGUAAAUGAUUGGAUAAGUGAGAAAAAUUCUUAUUUGGCAAAAUUACAAAAAAUAGAGUAGUUGUUGGAAGAAGAAGUUAAGUUCCUUUGUAAGAAGUUGAAAAAUGAAAUAAAGUCAAGCAUUCAACCAAUUUAAAAAAUGUUAUAAGUUUAUGAGAGAAAGGAAGAUUUAUAUUAGGUAUUGACUUAGACAAGUAAUAUUGAUGAAUCAUGCCUCAAUGAGAUCUUGGGAAUGUUCAAGACCAAUAAAAUAACAGAUUGCCUCAAAUACCUUUCAAAUAUAAGAAAUACAGAAAAAAAUAAUUUCAAGUUUAUCACAGAUGUUAUUAAAAAUAUAGGUGAAAUAGACUUUAAUAAAAAGAAUUACUCCUUAGAAAUGAGUGAAUGCUUUAGAAAGGAUUUGAUAAACAAGAUAUCUUAAGAGAAUAAGUAUAUCAUUUAAUUUCUGAAAUUCCUAGUUCAACUGACAGCUAUUGAUGAAAGAUUUAUCUAAUGUGGGUCCAAUUCACUCUAUUUAUUAGUAGAAAUGAAGGUUGAUAUGAGGGGACAAAGCUUUGAGAAUAUCAGGAUUAGAGAUACUUCUUUAAUUGGUGGAAAUUUUGUAAGAUGCAAUUUCAAUGGAUCCAAUUUUGAUAAUGUUGAUAUUAGUGGAAUGAAUUUGAAUUAAACUUAAUUGUUCAAUUGCAAAUGGAAAAAUCUAAAAAUACAUGAGAUAAAUAAAAUAGAUGAUCAUAGUACCACUGUUAGGUCAUUUUGUUUCUCUCCAGAUGGUACUACUUUAGCAUCUGGCAGUUCAGAUAUGUCAAUCAGUUUAUGGGAUGUUAAGACAGGAUAAUAAAAAGCCAAAUUACAUGGUCAUUAAUGUUCAGUCCUUUCAGUCUGUUUCUCUCCUGAUGGCAAUAUACUAGCGUCUGGUAGUUAAGACUAUUCUGUCUGUUUAUGGGAUGUUAAGACAGGAUAAUAAAAUGCAAAAUUGAUUGGUCAUUAUAGGGGUGUUAAUUCAGUCUGUUUCUCUCCUGAUGGAACUAUAUUAGUAUCUGGUAGUGCAGAUCUUUCUAUUUGUUUAUGGAAUAUUAAAACAGGGUAAUAAAAAGCAAAAUUAGAUGGUCAUAAAUAAUCAGUUCAAUCAGUCUGUUUUUCUCCUGAUGGUACUACAUUAGCAUCUGGUAGUUCCGAUAGGUCUGUCCGAUUAUGGGAUGUAAAGAUAGGAUUGUAAAAAGCCAAAUUAGAUGGGCAUACGGGUUAUGUUUAUUCAGUCUGUUUCUCCCCUGAUGGUACUAUACUAGCAUCUGGUAGUUAUGAUAACUCUAUCCGUUUGUGGGAUAUAAAGACAGGAUACCAAAGAGCCCAAUUAGAUGGUCAUUUAUAUUCAGUUCAAUCAGUGUGUUUCUCUCAUGAUGGUGCUACAUUAGCAUCUGGUAGUGAAGACUAUUCUAUUCGGUUAUGGGAUAUUAAAACAGGAUAAUAAAAAGCCAAAUUAGAUGGUCAUACGAGUUGUAUUAAUACAGUUUGCUUCUCUCCUGAUGGUUCUACACUAGCAUCUAGUAGUAUAGAUAACUCUAUCCGUUUAUGGGAUGUUUAGAUAGGAUAAAGAGCUCAACUACUACUAGACGGUAAUUAAUAUUUAGUUCAAUCAGUCUAUUUCUCCCCUGAUGGUACAACAUUAGCAUAUGGUAGGGGUGAAAACUCUAUCAGUGUAUGGGAUGUUAAGACAGGAUAGGAAAUUUUAUCUUCGGACAAUCGGUACUAAGAUAUUCUGGCAUAAUUUAAAUCACCUAAUUACUAAAAUAUAUUUCCAGCUAGUCUACCUACCUCUAAUAUUACUAUCCUACGAAUAUCCUAAAACCCCAUUUUAGAAGCCUAAGGAGCUCUAAUCUUGAAAGGAGAAUUUAUAGAUUAUAAAGGGUAUGAUUUUACAUCAAUAUUUAAAUCCAAAGGCAGUUUGAUUUUAGAGAACUCUAUUAAUUAGAAGUAAAAUUGA